CUCGAGGUUCCCAUUGCGUGUGUUUCGAGACCAUUCAUUUGCCAAUCUUUCCACCUUGUCACAGUCCUACCUCCAUUCCUUUUGGAAGUAGUCGCCCGAAAAGAUUGAGACAGAACGCGUCGGACAAAGCAGUCAAACAUGGUGGACGAGAAAGAACUGAGCGAUGCCGAAUCCGUAGGCAGUGAAGCCGAAGAAGAGGCGGAAGAAGUUACGGAUCUUUCCAGUAGCGACGUUUGUACCAAAUACCAAGAAGCCGCCAAGAUUGUCAAUCUCGCCUUACAAGGCCUGGUCUCGCAGUGCGUUCCUGGUGGGACCAUACUCGAUAUUUGCGAGUUUGGGCAAACAAUCAUUACCACGCAGUCAGCUAAACUCUAUACCAAAAAGGUCAACGGACAAGUCGUGGAUCGGGGAGUGGCGUUCCCCGUUUGCAUUUCCGUCAACGACAUUGUCUGCAAUCAUUCGCCCUUGCCAAACGAAGAACGGCCUGCACUCAAAGCCGGAGACAUUGUCAAGAUGGAUCUUGGGUGCCACAUUGACGGUUACAUUGCGGUAGCCGCACACACGUGUGUUGUCCCGGAAUCCCCCGAUACCCCACCCACGCUGGAAGACGCCCAAGUCACGGGCAACGUGGCUGUAGCCGCGUACAACGCCAUGCUAGUGGCCGCCGCUACCAUUGCGGCCGGAAAGAAGAAUACGGACGUCACCAAGGCCGUCGAACGGGUCGCUCAAGCCUACGGUGUCACCCCUAUUAGCUCGGUCCGUAUGCACCAAAUGAAACGUUACGUCCUCGACGGUGUUAAGGAAGUCGCGCUCAAGGAACCCACGGCGGAAGAAAUUGCCACUGAAGAACGCUUGCCCGAAUGUACCUUUGAACAGAACGAAGUCUACGCUGUCGACGUGGCCAUGAGCACCGGCGACGGCAACGCUCGUCCGGGAGAUUUGCGCACUACCGUUUUCAAACGCAACGUAGAGCAUCAGUAUUCCCUCAAAGUGCAGGCCUCGCGUCAGCUUUUGGCCGAAGUGGACAGCAAAUUUCCCACCAUGCCCUUUACACUCCGACACUUGUCCGACGUUCGUAAGGCGCGAUUGGGGAUCCCUGAGUGCGUCUCGCACGGGUUGUUGACACCCUACCCGUCCCUGCACGAUCAUUCUGGAACCGUGGCGCAUUUCAAAUGCACCGUCCUAUUGUUGCCUUCGGGAACGAUCCGGGUGACAGGUCUUGAAAAACCGGAAUACUUCCAAACGUCCACGGCACCGGAUGAGGAGACCGUCAAGGUUUUGCAACAACUCGAGGAAGAAGCGGCUAAAAAAGCGGCCCGGAAGGCGGCCAAGAAAAACAAGAAAAAGAGCAAGAAAUAAAGCGCGCGAGUCUGACAAAGUCCCCUUUGAUAUGGCUCGGAAGGUAAGGCGACACGCGACGGAAUGUAGAGGCGAGUGGAAGGCAUCCAAAGCUAACUUUCGUCAACGGCUUAUCUGGCGACGGAAAGAAAGUAAAUAAAGAAGCUGCAUCCAACGAAUUAUGUUUUAUUAGCGAAAUACGCUUGCGUUGUCG